GUCAGCGCUCUUGACAGACUGAUUUUCACGCAGUUUUGCUCGUCUUUUUUGUUCGUUCUGCGCGCCGCGAAAAAUAAGGACCGUGCUGUAUUUUCCUCGUCAGCUGAAAUUUUUCGUGGCUCUGCUAGGCCCUAAGCCAUCCCUUUGGAGUAUCGCCCCGCGGUAGCAAAAUGUCGUUCAUUGCUCGAAAUGUGGCCAGAACGUUGGUGCAGGCAUCAUGCCGUGGCAUCCAUUCGACGACCGUAGCCCAAAACCCGCGUCAGGGAAAAAAUGAAGGACGUAUUACUUGCACUCUGAUUCCCGGCGAUGGCGUUGGCCCGGAGCUGGUGUACUCGGUGCAGGAAGUGUUCAAGGCAGCCGACGUACCGGUUGAUUUCGAGGCGUUCUUCCUGUCGGAGGUGAACCCGACCUUGAGUGCACCGCUAGAGGAUGUCGUGCGGUCGAUUAACAAGAACAAGGUAUGUCUGAAGGGUAUCCUGGCGACGCCAGACUUCAGCCGUACCGGCGAACUGGAAACGCUCAACAUGAAGCUGCGUAAUGAACUCGAUCUGUAUGCGAACGUCGUGCACGUUGUGAGUCUGGAGGGCGUGCAUACGCGCCACAAGGGCAUCGAUGCGGUCGUCAUUCGUGAGCAGACGGAGGGUGAGUAUUCGGCGCUGGAGCACGAAGCCGUGCCUGGAGUGAUUGAAUGCCUGAAGGUCAUUACCGCUCAGAAGUCGGCUCGCAUUGCCAAGUUUGCCUUUGACUAUGCGACCAAGCAUAACCGCAAGAAGGUCACCUGCGUCCACAAGGCCAACAUCAUGAAGCUGGGUGACGGUUUGUUCAUGAGAAAAUGCGAACAGAUCGGCAAACUUUAUCCCAGAAUUCAGUUCGAGAAGAUGAUCGUCGACAACACGACGAUGCAGCUGGUCAGCAAUCCAAAUCAGUUCGAUGUGAUGGUUGCCCCGAACCUGUACGGUAACAUUAUCGAUAACAUUGCGUCCGGAUUGGUCGGUGGCGCGGGUGUUGUUGCUGGUGCUUCGUAUUCCGCCGAGCAUGCCGUCUUUGAGCCGGGUGCACGACACACGUUCGCUGAGGGUGUUGGUAAGAAUAUUGCCAACCCAACGGCAAUGCUUCUCUGCUCAUCCAAGAUGUUGCGCCACGUCAAUUUGCUGCCAUACAGCCAAAUGAUUUUCCAGGCGGUGCAGAACGUGCUGCGCGCUGGUAAGGUUCGCACCAAGGAUCUCGGCGGUCAGAACACGACCAACGAGUUCACCCAGGCUGUUAUUCACAAUCUGCGAUAAGGUGUGCCAUCGCGCCUAAAGAAAGUUCCCGCAUCCAAUUUAUACCCUCGAACAACCGGCCUCAGUUAGGAGUUAUGAUAUGACGGAGCCACCAGAACGAAUUGAUCUAUAUCUCCAACCCUGAAAGCACCAUUCUCUGCUGAGUUCCUGCGGAAACACGAUCGUACUUUUCUGCCAUCUAUCUUUUCAGUAUCUUUUCGCCCGCUCCCGCUUUAACUUAUUUUUCCCUCUGUUUUUACUCCGAUUUCUUCACCGCCCUCAUUACAAAAUGAAUGCAAAUGUCGCUGAUAGAGUGUACCUAGUGGAAAGUUGUUUGUAAAACAAUGGUUAGCCAUAUUUAUUGAACCUACCAAAGUAGGGAAGCAGCAGCUGCGCUAGUAAAGCACCGUAAAAGGACGCUCCCUCAUUGAUCGACGAUCAGUCUAGAAUGCCAUCGAGCGCUGUUCGGCAAAGUCGAGAGUAUUAACGAAAUUUAGACACAAACCUCUCUUUAACCCGACGAGAAGGCAACCUAAGGAUAGCCGAAGCGACCGUUGUAUGUUUCUAGUGAAAAUGACGAGUCAUCGAAUAAUAAUAAAUUAAACACGAGAGUGUACCGGUUGGUAAAGCAA